AUGAAGGCUUCUUGGCUGGGGUUGUCCCUCCUUUCGCUUUUGGCUGUCCCUACAUGGGCUACACCUUCGGACUCGGAAUCGGAAGAAGACAACAACCUCGUAAAGAGAUGGGGCUUCACGAACGUAGUCGAUCCAGAUACCCCCUCGGUGUUUAAUGGCCUCGAUGUGCCUCCGUUGUUUCAACUGACCGAGGAGAAUUUUGAGGAGGCCACCAAGGAUGGCACUUGGAUCGUGAAACAUUACUCGCCAUCCUGUCACCACUGCCAAAAGGCCGCUCCCUACUACCAAACCGCAUACGAGUACUAUUACACUUCCAAUCCCUUGGCGCCGUCUUCCGCAAAGUCUCCCGACCCGAAAUCUGCGAACGGGUUUACCGCCUACUUUAACUUCCAUUUCGCGUCCCUGAACUGUCUGGCCCACGGUGACCUGUGCUCGAAACUUGGAGUCUUGUCUUACCCAACAUUUGCCUUCUACGACAACGGCGUCCAGAGUGACCCGCAUGUUGGUGUGCAAUCGAUUCCGGUUCUAAGCAAACUUAUCGAAGAGAAGCUCGAGUCGAUCAAGCCUGGGUCUCGACCCCCUCAGGGUGUCAAGCUGCCCGAAGUUGGCGCGGCAGGUGUCGACUCCACUGCGGAACCAGAUUCCCCUGUUGCCAAAGACAAAGACAUAGAGGCUGGUAUCAAGGCCGGCGAGAAGCAAAACGAGCUGGUUUCUCAGAAGGCAGCGGAUGAGGCCGCGGCCAAGGGCAAGACGGACUCCAAGACCAAGUCUAAGCCUCCGCCUGCACCCGCCAACCCUCAGGGUAUCUCCGUUCCCCUUACUGCCGAGAGCUUCCAGAAACUUGUGACAACUACCCAAGAUUCAUGGUUCAUCAAGUUCUACGCCCCGUGGUGCGGCCACUGUCAGGCGAUGGCUCCCAAUUGGAAGGCGAUGGCUAAGGAAAUGAAAGAUACCCUGAACAUUGGCGAGGUGAACUGUGAGGUUGAAAGUCGACUUUGCCAAGACGCGCGGGUUGAUGCCUUCCCUACCAUUUACUUCUUCCGCGGCGGCCAGAGAGUGGAGUACACUGGUCUGCGUGGCCUUGGAGAUUUACUCUCGUACACGAACAAGGCAAUCGGCGUUGGUUCCAGCAUUGAAGAUGUGGAUGCGCAUACUUUCAAGGAGCUGGAAGAGACCGAGGAGGUCCUGUUCCUGUACUUCUAUGACCAGGCAACCACUUCGGAGGACUUCAAGGCCAUGGAGCGCUUGACUCUCAGCCUUGUCGGUCAUGCUCGGAUUGUCAAGACCAGCAGUGCCGCCCUGGCCGAUCGCUUCAAGAUCUCCACCUGGCCGCGUCUUCUGGUGGUCCGUGAAGGACGUCCCAACUACUAUAAUGCCCUUGCUCCUAAAGAUAUGAGAGACUUCCGGCAAGUCUUGUCCUGGAUGCAAACUGUGUGGCUUCCGAUUCUUCCUGAGCUUACCGCUUCGAAUGCUCGAGAGAUCAUGGAAGGAAAGUUCGUUGUUCUCGGCAUCCUUAGCCGCCGCCGCUCCGACGAUUUCAAGCAGUCCAGGCGUGAAUUGAAGGAGGCCGCCUUUGAGUGGAUGGACAAGCAGAUCCAGCUUUUCCGCCUUGAGCGAUCGGAACUCCGCGAUGCCAAGCAGCUACGCAUUGAGGAAGCUGAUGACCGUGACGACCAGCGCGCUCUGCGGGCUGCUAAGAACAUGCGCAUCACCAUCCGUGAGGAUGACAAGAAAGCCGUCGGUUUUGCCUGGGUGGAUGGCGACUUCUGGGAGCGCUGGCUCCGCACCACCUACGGUAUUGAUGUUGAGAAUGGCGACCGUGUGAUCAUCAACGAUGACGAUAAUCGUCGCUACUGGGAUACCGCUUCGAGUGGCGCCCCGAUCAUGGCCUCGCGUACCUCGAUUCUUGAAACCAUUCCUCUGGUCAUCUCCUCCCCUCCCAAGCUGUCUCCCAAGUCCACCGUAGGCACCAUCGAGACAUUCUUCUUCUUCACUCGUUCCUUCCUCAACGCUCACCCUAUCCUCUUCUUCAUUCUCCUGGGACUUACGGUGGCUGUGGCUGCCAUCUUUGGCCGCGGACGGUUGCUGCGCCGCGGUGUUGGCCGCGGUGGCAUUCUGGGUAACUCGAACAACGGCGGAGGCUUCUUCCACCUGGAUGGCAAGGAGGGACUCUUGAACGGGGGCUCGACCGGAAAGGUCGACUAAUGAGACGCAUGUACAGAACAGAUCAGGUGUUUGGUUACACGGUUGUUAUAAUUUUUCCUAUUCGACUGUAUUUGAUUGAUUCCAGGCUGU